AUGUCAUCCUCCACACCGUCCUCAUCGAGCUCUUCACUUCCCCAGUUCCACGUACACCCUCAUUCGGCUCACAUACACAACGUUCCACCGAUCCAGCCCGCAGGUGAAUCGUCAGUAGCGUUGGAAGAAGAGGAAGAGCAUGAUUAUGAGAGUCUGCCUGUGGGUAGUGGAUGGGCGGUCAAUAUGGCUGCGGGAGCUAUGGCCGGUAUCUCCGAACAUGCUGCUAUCUUCCCUGUGGAUUCGAUCAAAACCCGAAUGCAAGUACUCCCAGCCCUCAAUCCUAUUCUCUCACCCCUCGGUGUUGGACCGUCUUCUGCUACUGCUCCCACGGCUACCUCAGCAUCAGCAUCAGCAUCAACGUCCGCAGCUCGAGCGGCAGCACCACAACUGAAUACAAUCAUGCAGCAUGUCCGAUCGAUAUCAACCACCGAGGGUCUUAGAUCAUUAUGGAGAGGUGUAGCUUCAGUCAUAUUAGGUGCCGGUCCAGCGCACGCAGCUCAUUUUGGGAUGUACGAGUUCGUCAGGGAGAUCAGUGGAGGGAGGGGAGAAGGUUGGGCGGGUGUCGCUGGGACGGCAUUGGCAGGAGCGGCUGCAACGAUAUCGAGUGAUGCUUUGAUGAAUCCUUUCGAUGUUAUCAAACAACGAAUGCAAAUCCGAAACUCCCCUCAUCGAACCGUCUUAUCCUGUGCUCGAACGGUAUACGCCCGAGAAGGAUUGGCCGCAUUCUACGUAUCGUACCCUACGACGUUAACGAUGAGCGUGCCGUUCACCGCUGUUCAGUUCUCCGCUUACGAAAGUCUGAAGACAUUGUUGAAUCCCGAUGGAAGUUAUAGUCCGGUAACGCACUGUACGGCAGGUGGGAUUGCUGGUGGAUUGGCUGCUGCUGUGACUACGCCGUUGGAUGUAGCUAAGACCUUGUUACAAACAAGAGGAUCAAACUCUGACCCACGCAUACGAGCUGCCAAAUCGAUGGGCGAAGCAUUACGGAUCAUCAGAGAUAGGGAUGGAUGGAGGGGUCUGAGAAGAGGAAUGUUACCUCGAGUGCUGACCGUGGCGCCUAGUACGGCAAUAAGUUGGAUGAGUUAUGAGUUCUUCAAGGUCCUUAUAAGGCAAAACGGUCAUUUGCCUGAAUCUGGUCAAGCGGUAUAA